UCAACAUAGAAGAACUUGACAUAUGAAACGUUGAUCAUUUAAAAAUGGCGAGGUGCUCGGUAUUGUUUUGUGUUAUCAACGCGACGAGAUUAAAGAACGUUAAUAGGAAUACACAUCCAUUAUAAGCAUCUUCGUCUCGCUACGUCAUCGCUUUAUUUAAUAACAUCAUGAUUUCUCCCAUUAUCAUUUGUGUUAUGUCGUUGGCUGUUAUAAGUUUGGGAAUUGUUAUGGACUGGACUUGCAUCCAGUGUUGUUGCCUCUAUUUUAUAUUAACUUGUUCCUGUUUGCUUAUCGGUCCAUUAAUUAUGAUAUUGAUCAAUAUAGCUCUGUCACCCAAGCAUCAGACUGGCUGUGGUACUGUUAAAACCGUCGCAGAAGUGGAUGCCUUCCAUAAUAUGUUGAUGAAAGGAUAUCAGCCUAAAUCAGCCAGUGCUAGAAAGCACAUGCGUUAUCCUGUUGUUUUUACUCGUCUGGUGGAUGGCGCUUUACAGAAUCUCCUAGAUUUGAUCUUUCGGGAUUUUGUUGGCUUUUGGCUGAAUGAUUUAGCUUUCGGGUCAGAACAAUUAAUAGAUAAUAUGAAGCAGGAUGUAUGGGGUGCAAUACAAAGCCUACACGAUCGCUUGUCACGUGUUGAUCAUACCAAAUUAGUAGUAUGCAAUAUAGUGAAUAAGCUCACCUUCCACUUCGAAAAAAUCAGGAUAGCUCAAGCAGCUUCGUCAGAGGGAGAAGACCCUGUAUUUAUUUUGUCGGCACAUUUAAUGUCACCUGUUGCUGAGUUGGAAUAUUUAAGGAAGAUCAGCGAAGUCUAUAUCCUAUUUUUGUUACCACGUAGUUAUUCCCUUUCUCCAGUAAAAUUCCUUUUAAGAGAGGUUCUCACAUGCAAAAUUUUAAAACCGGCAAUAGAUUUGAUCACGGAUCCCGAUUAUAUCAAUCAAAAGAUCUUAGCAUACAUUGAUCAACAACAACUUGCUGAAGCGAUGCACAGAAAAACGUAUGAAUAUGCAGAAUCAUUCGAGGAUUUUAUCCGCAUGAUCAAAAGUACAAAAGAUUUAGAAGUUCUCAAACAUAUCAGAUAUAAUAUUGUUACUGAGAUCAUGCAAGCCACUACUGUGCAGAAUGUAAAACGAGCUCAAGGUUUGGAUCUCGAAAAUAAUGCGCUUGGAAAUUCCGAUGCCAUUCGAGCAAGAAAAUUGAAAAGAUAUAUCAGCCAAUUGACGUAUGCUAAGAACACGUGUGAAUGUCACAUGCAGACGUUGGGAUGGGACGGAUAUCCUCGUCAGGAUACAGAGAUUUGUGAUGCCGCGGAGAUUGCGGAAGGCAGGAUAGUUCCGUUACAAGCGAUUUUGGAUAACGUAAUUGGUCGACGAUAUCUGUCUCAAUUUUUAGAACAAGUCGCUAGUCAAGGGUUAAUCGGUUACUGGGCGGCGGUACAAGAAUUACGUGCCGCAGAACGAUCUAAUUGGCAUCAAUUGGGAGCAGAAAUUUUUUACACUUACAUCAGAUCAUCCACUGCCGAAAUUAAGGUGGAUAAAAAUAUACGGAAACGAAUGGAAGCUUUUUUGUUAGGUGAUACAGGACCUAAUGUAUUUUACGAAGUCCAAGAUAACGUCGUCAAGACGCUUCAGGAAAAGUAUUAUCCGUCGUUCCUCGUUAGCGAACCAUAUAAAAUGCAGGAAGCAUUGCUCAAUGAAAGAGCGGAAGGCUUGGUUGAAGAUCGUGAGAUCGUUGAUGGUACACUAUCGGAAUCUUCGACUUUACUCGUUGGCGAACGAUCAAAUUACGCUCGUAGCAAAUUAGAUCAAUUACAUGAAAAAUUAAACAACAAAAUGCAAGCUUUACAGGCGCUCAAAUCUUCCCUCAAACCCGAAAGCAAAGUACUCAGUAUAUUGGCGAAAGAGGUUGAAUGGCUUCAAGGUGAAAAACGACAAUUGGAGGCGCAUUUAAAUCAUACGGAAAUGUGGGCUGAACAUUUGGGUCAUUGGCGAGCCGACGUGCAAAGUGCAGAGAUGCCUGAUAACGGAGACCCUCCACAAUUUGUACUGGUUGUCCACAUGGCAGAGGAUGAAGACAAUGACGAAAGCAUAUCCAGCGGAUGGGUAGUAUUGAGGAAAUUGCAAGAUUUUCAAGAUAUUCACAGGAAGUUACGUCAGUUAUGUUCUAACGUUAAAAGUCUGGAUUUACCUUCACAACCUCUCAAAUUUUUCGGGAAAUCCGACAAGAGCACUCUCGAUAAAGCUAAAAUGCAGAUACAAAAAUAUUUGAACUUUGUUUUGGAGGACGAGAGGCUUAAUCAAAGUGAAGCAUUGUACGCUUUUCUCAGUCCAAGCUCGGAGCAUCUUAAGGCUGUCGCACCAUCUCCUAAAAAAUCUCGCUUUUCUUUGUCUACAUUAUUCAAAACAUCUGUUGGUAAUAACGAGCCACGCGAUAAAGAAGAUGAAGAGGAUUAUUCCUUGUUAUUGGACGAUAGCGAGACAGGCCGUACCGUUACGGACAACUAUUUAAAUGCCAGCAAGGAUGCGAUCGCAGAACCAUUGUAUACGCUUCUCGGAGAAGUCUUUGACUUAAGAGGAGUAUUUCGUUGGCUUAGACGUUCUCUUAUUACUUUCGUACAAAUUACUUACGGACGUACCAUAAAUAGACAAAUCAGAGAUACCGUUGCGUGGGUAUUUUCCGAGCCAAUGCUUCAUUAUUAUAUACAAUUGUUUACGAAAUCAUGGUGGCCAAAUGGUCAGCUCGUAUCAGAGACUGUUCUUCGUACGGAUGAAGAGAAAUUGAAAACGCGAGGCGAAGCGCGCAGGCAAUCUCUCAACAAUGUACCUGAAGUAUUGACAAAUCUAGUGGGUGCGCAAAGUGCUCAACGUGGUGCGACUAAGGUUUUCGAUUCUCUACAGAAUGUGAAUUUAAAUAAACAACUUUUUAUGUAAGAUAUAUUUGAAGUAUUAAUGUACGAAGUAUUUCCAGAACUGCAGCACAAACAAUGUUCCUUGACGAAAUAAAUUAUCAAUGUGAUAUACAAUAAUAUACAGAGUACGCAACCCCGUUUUAUUUUUUUUUGGCGAAUCUUAUAUAAUUUUCAGAUGUGGUAAAAUUAUAGAGCCAAAGAUAAAUAGCGAUCAUAAGUAUGUGGCCAACAUUAAGAAAUUAUAUCUACAUACGUACGACCUAAUACAAUAAACUACACGCUUCUUUAUUAACAACAUUCCUAAAUAUAUUAUUUCUUUACAAUCGAAAUGUCUUUGACAAGAAACAUAACGAGUGUAUGUAUCAUAGUGUAUAUAUCACACAUCUCGCAAAAUUAGUUCGAAAGUUAUGUAUCACAUAAUGCUUACGAAAAACAAGUAAGCAACUUAAAGCAUUUUAUAGUUACCGCAAAUUGAUACAAAUAACAUAUUUACUAUUUAGAUGCGAUGUUAAUUUAUUUGUUAAAUGUAAUAUUCGUAGUAAUAAAAACGAGAUGAAAGCACA